AUGUCAAAUAAUUUCAAUCGGAGCUCAUCAGAGAUCAUAAUAGCUUAUGUUGAAUAAUAUUAAGAAUUACAAUUAUUAGAUGCUUAAAGAGAAAUUUCAAAGCUAGAAGAAGAGAUAAUUGAAAGACGUAAAAGAUUAUUAACGAAUGCUGAUAACCACGGCAUAAAAGCAAAUAUUGAGAAAAAUACGAAUGUUUCAACUCUUUUGAAUAUGGACGAACAUUAUAUUUCGUUUGAAGAAUUAGAAAAAAAGCUAUAGACUUCAAUACAAAGAGGAUUAAACAGUGAUCAAAUAGAAGAAAAAUAAAAAUAAUUUGGAAAAAACAGGGUGACCUAAAAAUAGAAGUCUCCAUGGUAUAUUUAGUUACUGCACGAGAUGACAAACGUGUUUUCCUUAUUAUUAUGGGGAGCAGCUACCUUGUGUUUUUUAGCCUAUGGUUUAUCCCCAGAGGACCCUUCUUAACUUUAUUUAGGAAUUGUUUUAGUUGGUGUCAUUGUGAUAAUAACACUUUUAACUUAUUUUUAAAAUAGGAAGUCAGAAGCAAUAAUGGCUGGUUUUUCAAACUUUAUUCCUCCAGAGGCUGUAGUUAUAAGAGAUGGAUAGCAAUUAAAAAUACCAGCUAUUGAAUUGGUUCCUGGGGAUGUAGUAAUAAUUGAUUUGGGGAAAAAAAUACCUGCUGAUAUAAGAAUCAUCGAAAGUAAUCAAAUGAAAGUUGAUAAUUCAUGCUUAACAGGGGAAUCAAUUGCAAUCAUACGAACAAUAGAAUGUACUCAUAAAGAGAAUCCAUUAGAGACAAAGAAUCUUGCAUUUUUUGGAACACUUUGUAAAGAAGGAAAUGGAAAAGGAGUAGUGAUAUCAAUAGGAGACAAAACUGUAAUUGGGCAAAUAGCAGGAUUAGUUUCUAAUGCAAUAGUAGAAGAAACACCCUUAAAAAAAGAGCUAAACUAAUUUACAAUAUAUAUUGCUCGAAUAGCUAUGACAAUAGGAAUUCUCUUCUUUGUUUUGGGUUUUUCAGUCGGUUAUCCGGUUAUAUAAAACUUAAUCUUUGCGAUAGGAAUAAUAUCUGCAAUAGUUCCAGAAGGUUUAUUGGCCACAGUAGUAGUAGCUCUGGCAAUUACUGCAAAAAAGUUGGCAAGUCUUAAGGUUUUGGUUAAAAAUUUAGAGGGGGUUGAAACUCUUGGGUCUACCUCUUGCAUUUGUUCUGAUAAAACAGGUACCUUGACUUAAAAUAAAAUGACUGUGGAAAAUUUAUGGUAUAAUAGAAAGUAGGUGAAGGGAGCUAAUAAAGAAAGAUUUGGGGCCUCCUAUAAUUAUGAAUAUUAAACUGGAGAGUAGUGUUUCGAUUUGUUACAUGAAACUGCAAUUCUGUGUUCAGAAGCUACGUUUGAUACUUCACUACCUUAAAAUAUUUCAAUGAAGAUAAUGAACGAUGUUGGAUUAUCCUAGGUAUAAAAAGAAAUCAAAUUAGAAGAAGCAAAGAUCAAAUGGUAAAAUAACUACUAGAGGUUAAGCUGUUAAGAAAAACCUACAAUCGGAGAUGCAUCUGAAACUGCUCUCAUUAUCUUUUUUUAACCAAUACAUGAUAUUUUACAAACUAGAUCUAAUUACUAAGUGGCAGAGGGAAAAGAUAACUAAUUGGCAAGAAAACCUUUUAAUUCAACAAACAAAUAUGCUAUUGUUAUUAUUGAAUAAGAUUUGGAUGAUUCUUAUUAUUGUUUAUUGACAAAAGGAGCCCCAGAAAGAGUUUGGAAAAUGUGCAAUCGAAUAUAUAAUCAAGGAAAAAUUGAAGAAAUUAAUGAAGAUUGGGAUCAUUAAUUUAAAGAAAUAAAUAACAAAUUUGGCAAUUAAGGUGAAAGGGUUUUGGGAUUUUGUAGAUUAGAUUUACCAAAAUCUGAAUAUCCAAAAGGUUAUUCAUUUAACAUGGACAAUUAUAAUUUUCCAUUUGAAUAACAAAUAUUUAUAGGUUUGAUAUCCUUAAUUGAUCCUCUAAAGGAAUCUGUUCCCUUAGCGGUUUAAAAGUGUAAAUCAGCAAAUAUUUAAGUUAUAAUGGUUACAGGAGAUCAACCAGUAACUGCAGCAGCAAUAGCAAAGUAAUGUAACAUUAUAACUGAAAAAACUGUAAACGAAAUAAUGGAAGAAAAAUAGAUGACUAUGGAAGAUGCUUUUCAUUUAUCAAAUGCAUUAGUAAUUCAUGGAGAUUUACUUACGAAAAUGGCACUUGAUGAUGAAGGAUUACCAGAAAGUGAAAAAGGGAAAUCUCUUUAAAAGUGGCUAAGUAAACCACAAUUAGUAUUUGCAAGAACCAGUCCUGCUUAAAAACUAAUUAUUGUGACUGCUUGCUAAAAGAGGGGCCACAUAGUUGCUGUAACAGGAGAUGGAGUGAAUGAUUCACCUGCAAUAAAGAAAGCUGAUAUUGGUAUUGCUAUGGGCAUAACAGGAUCAGAUGUCGCCUAAGAUGCAGCAGAUAUGAUACUUUUGAAUGAUGAUUUCUCAAAUAUUGUUGUGGGAAUUUAAGAAGGUAGAAGAAUAUUUGAUAAUUUCAAAAAAGUAAUUGCAUAUGCAUUAACUGCCAAUACAGCUGAAUUAAUUCCAUUUUUAGCCUUUAUAAUUUUUAGACUCCCAUUGCCUUUAACAACUAUUUUGGUUUUAUGUGUCUAAAUUGGUACAGAUAUAUUUCCAUCAAUGGUAUUUGUAUUUGAAGAUGCCGAUUUGGAUAUUAUGACCCGAAGACCUAGGAAUAGCAAUGAGCAUUUAGUCAGUAGCUAAUUAAUAAUAUAUGCAUACGCUUAAAAUGGGGUUUUAGAAACCUGCUGUGGAUUCUUUUAGUGGUAUGUUUGUUUCAACGAUUUUGGAUUUACUCCUUAAUCUCUCCUUUUUCUACUAAAUAAAGAGGGAGUUAUUCCUAAAUAUAAUGAUAUAUAUGAUCCAAGUGAUCCAUGGUUUGGAAAUUCUAAUUUAAGGGAUUUAUACCCAAACAAGAUAUGUGAAGGAACUUAAUUAAAAGGGUCUUAAGAAAUUGAUUGGAUUUAUGCGAAACAUGGAGCUUAUGAUUUAAGAAUGACUCUCUUGAAAUGUGAAAAUGGUUAGAUAGUUUCUAGUAUCGAAUGGGGUUCAUGCAAUAUUGAGAUGAUAUCACCUGUAACAAAUAGGCCAUAUUGCUAUCACACAGAAGCCUCAAAUUAUGCAUAAACAUCAUUUUUUUUUGGUGUGGUUUUAGGAUAAAUAUGUAAUUAUUAAUCCUUAAGAUAACUUAAGAACUCCUUUAUAUAUAAUGGUUUUAAUAAUAUUCAUAUGUAUUUAGCCUACUUUUUGGAAUUGCUAAUUACAUUAUGUCUUUCCUAUAUUGAAGUAUUUAAUGCUGGUUUUGGUACUCGAGACGUAUUAUUUAUUCAUUAUGGUAUCUGUGGUCUUCCUUUUGGUAUUUUGAUAAUAAUUUGGAAUGAAGGACGCAAAUACUUGAUUCGCUAUUUUAAAUCAAAGUCCUCAUAUCCAAGUUGGUGGGAAAGAUGUGUGACUUAUUGA